UCGGGGAGCGGGUCUGGCCGCCUGGGACGACAUGCUGCCCGGGGUGGGUGUGUUCGGCACCGGGCUGAGUAGCCGGGUGAUGGUGCCGCUGCUGCAGAGCCAGGGCUUCCCGGUGAAGGCGGUGUGGGGCCGCACGGCCGAGAAAGCCGAGCGCCUGGCCCGGGACAUGGACGUCCCCUUCCACACCAGCCGCAUCGACGAGGUCCUGCUCCACCACGACGUGGACCUGGUGUGUAUCAACUUGCCGCCGCCGCUCACUAGGCAGAUCGCUGUCAAAACACUCGGAAUUGGGAAGAAUGUCAUCUGCGACCGAGCAGCGACGCCUCUGGAUGCGUUCCAGAUGAUGUCGGCCGCCCACUAUUACCCCAAACUGAUGAGCAUCAUGGGCAACGCGCUGCGCUUCCUGCCGGCCUUCGUCAAGAUGAAGCAGAUGAUCCAGGAGGGCUACGUGGGGGAGCCCAUGAUCUGCGAGGUCCAGGUCCACAGCGGGAGCCUCCUGGGCAAGAAGUACAACUGGAGCUGCGACGACCUGAUGGGCGGCGGGGGUCUCCACUCGGUGGGCAGCUACAUCAUCGACCUGCUGACCUUCCUGACCGGCCAGAGGGCCGUCAAGGUCCACGGCUUCCUCAAGACCUUCGUCAAGCAGACGGAGCACAUCCGGGGCAUCCGGCAGAUCACCAGCGACGACUUCUGCACCUUCCAGAUGGUGCUGGAGGCCGGAGCGUGCUGCACCGUCACGCUCAACUUCAACGUGCCGGGGGACUUCAAGCAGGACGUGACGGUGGUGGGCUCAGCCGGCCGACUGACCGUGAGCGGCAGCGACCUGCACGGCCAGCGCAACAGCUCGGGCCGGAGGGAGCUGAUCCUGGAGGACUCGGCCCCGCUGAGCGACGGGCUCCUGCCGGAGAAGGCCUUCCGCGACUGCCCCGUCCCCUUCCUCCGCGGCACCGUGAUGAUGGUGCGGGCCAUCCGCCAGGCCUUCCAAGACCAGGAGGACCGGCGCACCUGGGACGGGAGGCCUCUGUCCAUGGCAGCAACCUUCGAGGACUGCUUGUACGCCCUCUCGGUGGUGGACACCAUCAAGAAGUCCAACGAGACGGGCGAGUGGCAGAACAUCGAGGUCAUGACGGAAGAACCCGAGAUCAGCCCCGCUUAUCUGAUCAGUGAGGCAAUGCGUCGAAGUCGAAUGUCCCUACUGUACUGAUAACCUCCACAGCAAGUCGUCUCAGCCAGGGUGCAAAGCAAACCUUUCAAUGAGCAUAGAGUGAUACAGUGUGGAAACAGGCCCUUCGGCCCAACUUACCCACACCGGCCAACAUGCCCCAGCUACACUAGUCCCACUUGCCUGCGCUUGGCCCAUCUCCCUCCAAACCUGUCCUAUCCAUCUACCUGUCUAACUGUAUCUUAAACAUUGGGAUAGUCCCAGCCUCAACUACCUCCUCCGGCAACUCGUUAAACACACCCACAACUGAACAGUUACCGCUUAGAUCCCUAAAAUAUUUUUCCCUUCACCUUGUACCGAUGUCCCCUGGUCCUCGAUUCCCCUACUCUGGGCAAGAGACUCCGUGCGUCCACCCAAUCUAUUCCCCUCACGAUUUUGUACCCAAAGCUUGUAGCAUGAAUAGUAUGGGCUUCCCUGGCUUAAUAAAUGUUGGCAUGUCUACAAAAUGUAUUUGCGACAUGCCAAGUAAAUGUAAACCGAUGUGCGUGGCAAGAAUAGCAUUACAGGGCGUCACGGUGGCGCAGCGGUAGAGUUGCUGCCACACAGCGCCGGAGACCCGGGUUCGAUCCCGACUACGGGUGCUGUCUGCACAGAGAUUGCACGUUCUCCCCGUGACC